AUGCCUAUCUUCUUGUUAACAGCUCUGAGAGCUGACAAGGGCAUCCUGAAGGCUUUUGCUAAGAUCAGUCGGGGAAUGUUAUGGGCCUGCAAGGAAGUUGUUAGUGGGGGAAAGUGCAAGGUCAACUGGCAAAAGUUCUGUCGCCCCAAGGAGCUCGGCGGUCUCGGUAUUCUGGACUUGGAAAAAUUCUCUCGCGCGCUCAGGCUCCGUUGGUUGUGGUACGAAUGGACGACGCCGGGAAAACCUUGGGUUGGAUCUAAAACUCGUAAUGAUGCCGUCGACAGAGACCUUUUCAACGCCGCUACCCGGGUCACCAUUGGAGACGGUGCCAAGGCUUCCUUCUGGUCCUCCUCAUGGUUGGAUGGUGCUCCUCCGAAGGACUUAGCUCCCUUAAUCUUCAAAGCUUCUAGGAGAAAGAACCGGACGGUUCGGGAUGCUCUCGAGGGCCAGACCUGGGUUGCAGAUAUUAAUGUGGACUCUUUCACAGUUGAACACCUGGAGCAAUACGUCAGCCUUUGGGAUCUUCUUUCAGCGGUACAACUAUCCCCUGGCACAAGGGACUCCAUAACCAGGACCAUGUCGCCCAAUGGUUGUUACUCGGCCAGCUCCGCCUACAAGGCCCAGGAGGAGCUCCUUGACUUCCUGGCCGAGGCCUGUCUCCGAGACCCCGCCCUGCUCUCCCGCAUCGCCGCCUCGGCAGCCUCCGACGCCGCGCACCGCCGCCUCUUCGUCCACGGCCUCGGCCCCGGCGCCACCUCCGCCGCACUGGCCUCCUCCUUCUCCCCCUUCGGCGCCCUCGACGAGUGCCACGCCGUUGCCGACCGCGCCACCGGCCGCUGCCGUGGCUACGGCUUCGUCACCUUCCGCCACCGCUCAUCCGCCCGCCGCGCGCUCGCCGACGCCUCCAAGCGCGUCGACGGCCGAUCCGUCGCCUGCCAGCUCGCCUCGCUCGGCCCCUCCCCCGAGCGCACCGACCGCAAGCUCUUCGUCGACAAGGUACCCCCGCGCGCCUCGCACGACGGGCUGAAGAGAUUCUUCUGUGAGUUCGGCGAGAUCGAGGCGGGGCCUCUCGGCGCCGACCACGCCACUGGUCAGUUCCGUGGGUACGCAAUCUUCCUCUAUAAGUCUCCCGAGGGGCUCACCAAGGCGCUCGAGGAGCCCAGAAAGGUGUUCGACGGGUGCGAGCUCCACUGCCGGCCCGCGCACAGGCAUAUCAAGAAGAAGCAUGCCAGCGCCGCACCUGCAGACCCCUGCAACCAGAGAAAUGUCACUGGCGCCAUGGCCUUGCCAAUUUCCCUUCUGAAGGGGAUCGCAUCAACUUCCGCCAAACAGCCGCUUCUAGCAUCAAAUUCGCCACUGUCAAAUGGCAUUUGCUCAAACAAAUUUUGUCAGAACACCGGGGAAGGCAUCUUGGGAGCAUCUCCUCUAGCCAUGGUCGGAGCCUCUUCGCCGGUUGGGAGCACGUCAGAUAGCCAUUCCAGAGUUGUACAGAGUCAGAGUAGUCGGUUCUCUUCCGUGGGCGUUCCGACCGCAACAUGCCAGGAUGGCCAGGGAUCAAGGCUUUGUUCAGUGUUACCCCGGAUGAUAGGUGUAGAGGGACGGAGGAUUGGAGAUUGAUGAAGCUGCUGCAAAAUUCUGGGCUCACAUUGCUGUAUGCUGCUGGAAUGAGAAGAGACAACUUGUAGUUCUCCUUGGUGUAGUUACAGUUACUUUAUGAGGACUGUAGGAAUGCAGUUAUUCCAGUUGUCAUCUAAUGUAUCGUCUUCCACCACACCCGGUCUCCCUUUGGCAGUUGAAGAACACUGCAGCCACGGGUGGGCCUAGACUGUAAAGUGCUGAAAAGUCCCUUGAGUUAAAAUUUGGUCUCCAUCCUGGUGCAUAAAUGGUCUGCCGGACAGAUUGGCGGAAAAUCACGAAGGCAAAGCGGUGUAUUCCUGCUGUUGGCUUCGGGCUUUCGUAACUAACUAUCUCAUUUCCUGAAAAUAGUUUGUAUAGGUUUUUAGAGAAAAUUGUGUAAUCCUUAUUGUUAUGCAAGUAUUGAGUUGGCUCCAGUGUAUAAUCACGACUGUACUUCAAGGUUCAAAUCACCAUUAAUCUGUCCAAGUCAUAUAUAGUGCAGACUGACAGUCAGAUUAUACAAAUUUAAGCCAGUCAUUUGAAUAAACCUCUACAGUUGAUCAAUAUAGAAGUCAGAAAAUAGCCUAUUGUUCUAGUGUAUCGGUAGAAUAUAAGUAGUGAUGAACUGAUGAUCUUCACUCUGUGGGUUGUACAAAUAAUUA